UAAGCAAGAGGGCGAUAAGGGCGGGAGAAAUAAUCCAAAACAAAUAAUCCAAAAACUCCCGCCAACGGAGGCGGAGAAGCUACUGGUACAGCUAGUCACAGUCCUCAAGUCCCAGCAGCCAGGAAUUCCAAAUAUUACACCAGCAGAGCGAAGAGCCUUAAACACCCUAACAAAGGUGGACAACAUAGUGAUUACAAAGGCGAAUAAGGGUAAGGCCGCUGUUGCCAUGAACAAGAGUGAUUAUUUACAGGUUAAGCAACACCCAGCUGAGGAUCCUUACCGGGUGAUCGAUAAUGCGAAUAUUACAUCUAUAAUGAAUAGGAAUAAAGCCGAAGUUGGCAAAUAUUUGCGGUCCGUGAUGAACCACAUAGGGGAAGGUAACUGGUAUCCAUUGUACCCCAAAAGUGCGAUCCAAGCACGACUGUAUGGCCUUCCAAAAAUCCAUAAACCAGAUAUCCCGGUGAGACCGAUAGUAAACGGAAAAGGUUCCCCACCGCAUGAACUGGCCAGAUUCUUGGCCGGUAUUUUAAAACCCCUCACCGGGAAAUCUAGUACUUAUAUUAAGUAUUCGUAUGACUUUGCCAACAAAGUAGCGGGGGUUACCGUUGAACCAGAUGACAUCCUGGGUUCGUUGUCUUCGCUGGUGAUUCCAAAACAGACAAUGAAACCACAACUCAUGCUGGCGUAUGCCAGCAAGGCCGCGUG